CGAGGGUCUGAUGACGUAAGCGGAAGUAAGGACUUCAAAGUAUAACAACAACAAUGGAUGCGGUGACGUCCAGCAGAAAAUAUCAUAUAAUUAUAUUCGGAGCUUCGGGCUUCACUGGCAACUUUGUGGCGGAAGAAGUGGCCCGGUACGCCGCCGACACGACCGGAGACGAGCGUCUAAAAUGGGCAGUCGCCGGGAGAAGCCGAGCCCGUCUGGAAGUCACGUUGAAGCACGUGGCCGACAAGCUCGCUACGCCACAGCUGAUUACAGAUGUUGACAUCAUCACAGCGGACGUGUCCGACAAACAAUCUCUGGCCGCCAUGUGUGGACAGGGCCUGCUGGUUGUCAACUGUGUUGGUCCAUACAGGUUUUACGGCGAGCCGGUGGUCGCCGCCUGCGUGGAGAACGGCGCUCACUACAUCGACAUCUGUGGAGAGCCUCAGUUCCUGGAGCGCAUGCAGCUGCUGUACCACACCAAGGCCUUGGACAGAGGAGUCUACGUGAUCGGCAGCUGUGGCUUUGACUCCAUCCCAGCAGACCUUGGCAUCAUCUACACUCAGAAACACUUUAAAGGCACUCUGACUGCAGUGGAGAGCUUCCUGACCAUAAGCAGCGGGCCACAGGGCACGUGCGGCCAUGACGCAACAUGGCGCUCGGCCGUGCACGGCUUUGCUGACAGUGGCUCCCUUCGCCAGCUGAGGAGGUCGUUUGGCUACAAGCCGUUGCCGGUGGUGGGAACCAAAGUCUUCCCCAGAGGGAAUGUGUUCUUCAGCAAGGAGAUCAUGCAGUAUUCCAUCCCAUUCAUGGGUUCAGAUCCUUCUGUAGUCAAGAGAACUCAACGUUUCCUCUUUGAGGAGGAGCAUCGCUCACCAAUCCAGUAUUUUGCAUAUGUCGGGGUUGGGGGCCUCCUCUCGGUAGUCAAGCUGGUCUGUGGUGGUCUGCUCUUCUGGAUCUUGGUCAAGUUCAGGCUGGGCAGGAAGCUCCUCACCUCGAUUGAAGACACCUGCUUCAGCAUCACCUUUUUCGCCGAGGGAUACUCCGAGGGUACAGAUCCUUCACAGGGACCACCUAAUGCCAAGAUCUGCACGCAGGUGCUGGGAGCAGAGCCAGGUUACGUUGCCACGGCGAUAGCCGUGGUGCAAGCAGCCGUGACUCUGCUGAGAGAAAGACACUCUCUCCCCAGGAGGGGCGGCGUCUACACGCCAGGAGGCGCCUUUUACAAGACGGCUCUCAUCCGUCGCCUCGGUGACCACAGCUUCAAGUUCUCUGUGGCAAAGGACUAAACUCCCUGCAUGUCUGUCAUGGUAGGUACAGUACGUACAGUAGCUAGUAAUCACAGCUCAACUUCUGCACUUCAUAUCACAUUAUUUUUCAUGUGAAAAGAAUGUAAACACCAUAAUGACUGAAAUAGAGAUUUGAUGGUCAAACAUUGUACAGUGGCAUCAUUUUUGUUGACUGAAGAUAUUACAACAAAUAAUUGUCUUUACGCUGCAAUAUAUUGAUUAAAGUUGCUUGAUCAUAUGUUUCCAAUUGCAACAAAUCAGGCAGAAGACUGCAGUUUUCUAAUUGUAUUAGUUAUUGGUACUAUUAUUCAUUAUUAAUGAUUUAUUAUUUAUAUUUUAUUAAAAUAAACUGAAAAGCUCCUGAAUU